UUCCAUCUCGCCUCCAUCUUCGAACACCACAUACAAAUACCCGGUGUCAUCCCACGCCUCGUGAUCUACUCUCUCACCAGCUUCAUACAUCUUGGCCACGCUUCAGAUUACUUAUUUUGCCCAGUAAGUUUCCGAUGCCCUGUUUUCUUUCCCUCCCAGACUCGGCCUUGUGCAAUGAUGAACCUUUUAUUGGAGCUGUCCUAUUUACCAUGAGGACUUCUAAUAUACACUGAAAAUUCUGAUUCAUCCGUAUCCGUGAUACUCCUGCCCCGAGCCCCGUAUCACAGUCCCCCACUAACGAAGGGGGAAGAAGAUUUUGCAGCUCGGUCCCUUCACCCUCCCCAUUCACCGCGCAGGUCGCGCUUCAAUCUCAGACCCUGCCUUCACUAUGUCGGCAGAUCCACGGCUAGCGAGGUCACGACCUCAGCAGCAUCAACCCACUCCCGUGCCUCCCCCCCCUCCUCCCCCGCCCAUGGGCAACUUGCUAUCAAAACCCGGUUCGGAGGGCACGCCCGACGAGUCCGAGCAGUCCCCUGCACCCGGCCAGGCUCAAGUCGUGCCUGACGACAUGUUCAAGCUGAAGUUCUGCACCGUGUGUGCCAGUAACCAAAAUCGCUCCAUGGAAGCACACCUCCAGCUCGCCUCCGCUGGCCUCCCCACCAUUUCCUUCGGCACUGGCUCUCUCGUUCGCCUUCCCGGUCCGACUAUUACCUCGCCGAAUGUCUACCACUUCAACAGCACUACCUACCGUGCCAUUCACGCUGAGCUUGCCCAGCAGAACACGCAGCUCUAUACUCAAAAUGGCCUCUUGAAUAUGCUCUCCCGCAAUCUCUCCAUCAAGUCUUACCCGGAGAGGUUUCAAGACUGGGUGCCUGGCAAACCGAGACUGGAUCACACUGAAGAUCAAGGCGCCCCAGGCACUGAGGCUGGAGUCGUGGACGUCGUGAUAACAUGUGAGGAGCGGUGCUUUGACGCUGUGUUAGACGACUUGCACAACAAAGGAGGCAAGCUAAACCGGCCCGUCCAUGUUUUCAACGUGGAUAUCCGAGACAACCACGAGGAGGCUCUCGUUGGAGGCAAAGCUAUCCUAGAUCUCGCCUUGAGCUUAAACGAAGCCGCGAGCCAAGAGAGGGGGAUGUAUGGAGACAGCGGUUGGCAGGGUGGAGUCGGCGCUGCUCGUCAAGGUUUCGACGAAAAGGUUCCAGACAUUCUCGCUGAGUGGCAGGAGCGAUGGCCCAACAUGCCAGCGCUUUGGAGCUUGGCGUGGUUCUAGGAAUGGUAUUUGAUGUCUGUUUAGGAUAAAGGGGUUUCUUUCACGGUUGGGUGGGAUUAACUAUUGAUACCCUGCAUAGCGAGGCGUAUCCGGGCAUCACAUUCUUUCGGUCCUUCAUAACGUACCCG